CCCCUCCUCGCUUCCAAGCCAAGCCAAAAGGCAGCGACGAGCCCCGCGAGACCGCACGCACCCACCAGUCCACUACCCCCGCACGCUAUAACAGCGGGCGCGCGGCCGCCGCCGACACCGCCGCGGGUCAAGAAACCCGUCACCAGCCAUGGCGAGCGGCGGCGAGGCGAAGGCCCCGGGCGCGGGGUACUACCAGUACCCCGGCUCGUACGGCGGCGGCGCGGACGAGGAGCGGCGGUGGUGGCCGUGGCUCGUCCCCACCGUGCUCGUCGCCUGCAUCGCGGUCUUCGCCGCCGAGAUGUUCGUCAACGACUGCCCGCGCCACGGAAGCGCGCUCGGCGGCGGCGCCGGGUGCGUCGCGUCGGGGUUUCUCCGACGGUUCGCCUUCCAGCCGCUGCGGGAGAACCCGCUCCUUGGGCCCUCCUCCGCCACCUUGGAGAAGAUGGGAGCACUUAACUGGGCCAAAGUAGUUCAUGAGCACCAAGGAUGGCGCCUCAUUAGCUGUAUAUGGCUCCAUGCUGGCCUAGUCCACCUUAUAGUCAACAUGUUAAGCUUGCUAUUCAUUGGAAUCCGACUUGAGCAACAAUUUGGGUUUGUGCGCAUUGGGGUCAUCUACUUGAUAUCUGGUUUUGGCGGCAGUGUCCUGUCUGCACUGUUCUUACGGAGUAACUACAUCUCUGUUGGUGCCUCUGGGGCUUUGUUUGGCCUCCUUGGAUCUAUGCUUUCUGAGCUUAUUAUGAACUGGACAAUCUAUUCCAACAAGGCAGCAGCAAUUAUAACUCUACUGUUCAUAAUUGCAAUUAAUUUGGCCAUUGGGAUAUUACCCCAUGCUGAUAAUUUUGCCCACAUUGGUGGAUUUGCUUCUGGAUUUCUUCUUGGAUUUGUGUUGCUGGCAAGACCUCAAUUUGGUUGGAUGGAACGCAACGAGCUACCUCAAACUAAUCAACCUCCAAAGUACAAAUUGUACCAGUACGUCUUGUGGGUUGCUGCACUCAUAUUGCUGGUAGUUGGAUUUGUGAUUAUCCUGGUGAUGCUCUUCAAGGGCAAGAAUGGGAACGACAGCUGCCACUGGUGCCAGUACCUGAACUGCGUACCAACAUCCAGAUGGAAGUGCAACACUUGAUGGUUCAGCUUUCCAUUAGCUUCUGUGCAAAAUACAUGCCUCUGGUGGGAACCAUUUUUGUGCUUGUGUGUUUGUGCAUAGCAAGACCUGCCUGCACUCCUCGUGCCUGAUUUCUGUAUGGUUAUGUGAAGCACAAAUGUUUCUCAACUGUAACCUGAGCUCGUAACUAUGGAUUUCGCCGCAGUUCUUGUAUCGAUUUCACCAGCAUUAGCUGCUGACUGCUGAACUGUGUAAAAACCAUUCUGAGCAAUCUGAUUGACAGAGAUUGGUUACUUCUCUAAA